AUGGCCGAAGAAGAAGAACCCUCGUACAUCGACUACGAGACCUUUCUCUCCCCCACAUUCUCCCCCUCAACCUUCGCCAACUCCCUCGUGUUAAACACCAACAACCCCACCGAUACGCCCCUCGACCUUUCCACCCCCCUCUCCCGCGUCCUCUUCGACGCUCAGGAAAUGAAUACACACAUCGAUACUCUGACCACCAAAAGUGCGCUACCUCUCCUCGAACAUACGCAAGAACAGACGAAGUCGAGCGCAAGGAUAGUCCAAGAGAUAGAUUCGCAGGUUUCGAGCUUGAAUGAAGGGUAUAAGAGACUAGAGAAGGAAGUUUUAGUACGCUAUGAAACUGCACAGGAAGUUGAGGCUGUAGCGACGAGGUUAUGGGAGACUGUGCGACUUGGUCGAUCGGUGGGGAGAUGUCUACAGAUUGGACGACAGCUAGAGAUACAGCUCGCCGAAGUUGCGACGACAGGGAAUCCGGUCAAGAAUCCAGGGCAGAAAGAAGAUCAUAGGGCGUUAAUCCGGUGCUCAAAUUCAUUGCUCAGUCUGCGCGAGCUGUUCUCCAAAACGGGACCAGGUGAAGAAGGACAUGGAUUGGAAAAGGUGGAUGUAAUUCUCACGCUGCAAUCCCAAAUGUCAACGCCCGCCGAACGAACAGUAACUACAAAAUGCCAACAAAUCAUCCGAGAAUUCUCGAUGAGUUCCCUUUCCACGGGGACGAAUACAACAACCUAUGCCCAAACAGCCGACACAAAAGCACGUACAACAUCCGCCCUAAUAUCACUUUACUUGCUAUCACCUGUCUCAUCAAUACCCAAACACUCCAAGAGUCAACAAAAAUGGGAACCAGACCUUCUCAUCCAAACCCUACAAUCCUACCUCCACACAUCCCUAACUUCAUCCCUCUCCUCCCUCACCCGCUCUCUGUCCACCCUCCCAACACUAGACCGUACCCUCCUCGAAAUCUCAGCUAGAUGCCAAAACAUAAUCGCCCUCUCUACCCUCCUCUCUACCAUUUCUCCCCCUGUCCACCCUCUACUUCCCUCUACCAUCACCCCGCCGCAAAACUUGCUCCAACCCCUAUUGCAAAGUCUGGAAACAGGGUCGUUACCAAGUUACUUCUGGCGUACUCUAGCUGGAGGGUUGGGUACGAAGGUUAUGGAGAUUAUGAACAAGGGGGGUGUGAGUGCGAGGACGUUGAGGAGUAAUAAGAAUGGAGUGAGGGAUGCUAUCCGGGAGUGUGUUGUUAGAGGGGGUAGGAAGCCGGGCGGGGGGGAGAAGAGAGGAAAGGGAGAUGAGGGGUGGGAGAGGGAGGUUGCUGUUAUGGUGGGGAGUGUGGUUGGUGCUUUGGGGAGGUAA